AUGCUGCAGACACACCGCGUCUUGGCCGCCGCAGCCCCUGCCUCUGCCCCUGCCCCUGGGGAAAUGCUAAUGGGCUUCUGUAGACUCUGCUCCUCACUCCCCCUCCCCUCCCUUUCUCCUCGGCUUCUCUUCCACCGGCCGCUGGGCCUCUACCGGGCAUCCUGCCGCCUCGGAGGCGCUCGGGAAGAGGGAGAGGACCCGGUCGGGGAACGGUGCGGGGAUGCGUGUCAGCCCUGGACUGGCCCCGGGCAAUUCGCAAAUGGAUGGGCACUGGGGAAGUUUCCCGGGAAAGAGUGGGGAAACCACGCGGGCGACCACUCCACACAACUCCACCCCGGCCUUCCCGCUCGCCUAGACGCGUGGGAGGGGAGACGUGCCCUCAAACCCCGGGUCCCGGGCCGCGCGCCUGGCGAAGCCCCGCCUCCCUCUGUCGCUAGCGCUCAGGGGAUGCGGGGUAGGGGGCUGGGGGCCGUUCGGUUGGCCACGGAACAAUGGCCGGGCCCCGCCCACCAGCGGCGCAGCGCUAACCCGGGACUGCUGAACAGGCAUGCGGGCCUCCCCGCGGGCAGGCCGGCGGGAGGCGGCGCACACACAAGUAGAUGCACUGAUGUGUACAUCUGCACGCGCGCAAGAGGUUCAACCACUGGGCACGUCGAAAGGGAAUGUUCACUGCCAGGCACCAGUGAACUAUGCUAUCCCUGUGCCCACGCCAACAGAACGAGUGAGGGAUGUUCUGGAGAUUCUUUAGAUUGUCGGGUUGUUGUUUUGGAAUUGCCUUCGUUGGGAAAGGCCAUUUCGUGGGGAAAGUACAGACGUGCUUUCACUCAAAAGCAGGAGAAAGUACUUAUAAGUGCAGCAAGAAUAGCCAAAAGGUAUGUCUGAGCCUAUUUCCUCUACUUCAUCAGGGAACGAGCUGAAACAUCAGAGUUCUCUAGAAACUGCCCUCCUC